AUGAGCACACAGACAAGGACGUUGCAGGCUCUCUUUGAACAAUCAGAGCAGGUUAUCAGACACCUCAACGGAGAAGAGAUCGAUCAAUUUAAGGAGGCUUUUCUACUGUUCGAUAAGGACGGAAAUGGUACGAUUUCGACUAAGGAAUUGGGAAUUGCAAUGCGAGCACUCGGCCAAAAUCCUACCGAACAAGUGAGUGAAAGCCGUGCGAAAGAACGAAUGAAAGAAUUUUAUGGAUUACCACUUAAAUCCUAA